CUGCAAAGAGUGUUAAGAGGAGUGGAGUCAAGCAUUACCAAUCGACCAUUCGGACUGUACCAUGGACUGUACCACAACCAACGAUUUCCAUUGCUGCCGAUCAACUCUUGCUGCGCCUGCACCGAAUUUUCAUUCGUUUCCUUUUAAGCUCUUGACGUUAAACAAAAUCAUUAAUUUUUUGUUUUUUAACUUUUUAGGUUUUUUACACUUUGUUUUUUUAUAGUUUUUUCUUAGUUAGUUUUUACUUUUGUGACCAUUGUAAUGCAAAAUCCGAAGACCAUUAAAAUGGAAGCAGCCGUGGUGGCGCCCACGGGUAAGCUUUUGGCACAGCAGAAUCCCUGGGAGUCGUUCGACUGGCCGGAGGAGCAGCGACGGAACAUCCAUCGGAGCUGGGGCAGUGUGUUUGCCAAUGCCCGGAUGGAUACGGCGGCGCAGAAGUAUUUUGAUAAGUGCAUCGACGACCAUCAUGGGGAUGACUUCAGGACGCUGCAGCUGAGGAGCAAAUUCAAUCGGGCGGUGGCACGGGCGGAGGCGGCACUGCUGGACAGCUCGCGGGCGUGCCAGGCGCUGGGGCCGGGCGAUGUGCACACCCAACUGGAGUUGGCCGAUGCGCUGUACGACCUGAGUCGCUUCGAGUCGAACAAGUUGCUGCUGAGCGACAAUGUGCGCCGUCAUGUCGGCACCUCCAUGGAGCCGUUCGAGAAGCGUCUGAUGGUGGUUAACGAGAACUUUAAGGACAGCCUGGGCGACAGUCUGGCCAGUUUCUUCAUGAGGAAAUCGAGCAGCCUCAAAUCGUUCUAUGAGCAGAAGCGGCGCGAGCUGGAGCCAAGGGACAGGCGUCCGCACUGGAAGAUCAUCAGGGAACUGGAGCAGUGCGAUGUCCAGAGCGUUCAGGAGGAGGAACGGGAAACACUCUCACCUCUGGAGCAGGCACGGCGUCGACGCAAAACCAAGAUAUUUUAUCAGAAUUACCUGAACCGCGCCUGGACGGACUUCCUCUUCCUCAAGACGCUACGCCAGAAUCCCAAUCUACUGCUCGACCAGUACUUUGGCUCAUCGAAGGAGCGGGGAGAGUAUCUGGACAACUCGUUCCAGCGCAUCAAGACCUUUACACGGAUGCUCCACGCCCGCAGUCCCAUGUACAAUAACAUACCGCAGGGGCAGCACAAUUUCAAGAUGUCGCAACGCUUCCGCGAGGCGAGCCUGUUCCGCAUCCAGUACCAGACGCGCCGGAACAUGCACAGCAUUCUGCGCACGAUACGCGUUCUAAGGCGGCACGAUGAUCCGGGGCGUCUGCGCAAAUUCGUGGAGGACGUGAUGGGCAACUAUGUGAGCGUCAAAACGAGCCGCAUAAUGCCUUGGAAGACGGAAUUCACCAACGAGGUGUACAACCACUUGGCCCUGAGCCUGUGCGAGGGCUAUCGCCUGCCGCCCACACGUGUCACGCCAUAUAACAAGAAUUCCAUGUGCCUGAUGCUGAAUAUACCGGCGAUCAAGCCGCUCGAACGUGCCGUCUAUGUGUUCGGAGAUCGUUCAUCGUACGGCUAUCCAGUGCAGGAAAGGCAGAAGUCACAAUCCAUACAGCAUCUGGAGCAGCGUCUGUUCUUUGCCAAACUGCCCAUCGAGCGCACCUAUCUGCUGCAUGAGAUGGCCGAUCAUCAUGUGCAGCAUAAUCAUUUUGUGCAGUGCCUGUCGUAUGCCCAGCAGGCCAUCGAGGAGGCCAAGCUCUGCAACAGCAAGAUCUGGCAGUUCCUCAGCACGAUGCUGAUGGCCAAGUCGCAUGCCGUUCUCCACAAGUAUGAGCGCCAAACGGAGGUGCUUAAUGCCGCCUAUCAGCUGGCUGCGGAUCUUAAGAAUCCGCGUCUCUGCACCUUCAUCGAGCUGUGUCGCAUGCUCAACAAGGACUACAUCACACUGCGCAAGAUGUCGCAGCUGGUGGCCAGCAAACGUCUGCGCUCCAAGCAGGACAAUCGAUCGAGUCUCAUCGGCUCGCCACAGAUCUCGUCCACCAAUACGUCGCUGCUCCAACACCGCACCGAGCAGGAAACGAAAGCCUGGGCGGACUACAACAAAAAUGCGGACUGGCUCGGAUGAACCAGGGGAUCAAAGGCCAAGCACUGAACUACUGAACUGAGCUGUACUGUUCUGUGCCCGGCAUUUGAUCCCCUGGCAUUGGAAGCCAGGCGUCUUAGAAGAUUUCUAUUGGGAAAUUUCAGCCAUAGCUGCCAUGACAAAAAACAAAAUUGUUUUAAUUAUAACACACACACAAAAAAAACAUAAAAUGUUACAAAAUCUUAUAAAUAUACUUCA